CCGUUGCAAUCUCUUACAACUGCUGCUAAUAACUUGUCAUCACUUUGUCGUCGACGUUCCACUCUUCUGUCAGUAGCCAUACCCUGGAGCUUCGGCUACGUUGCUUUUCAAACGAUCCUGUUGACUCCUUUGCUGUUGCACCUCUCCAACCACUUCUAUGCCUGCGACAGCAGCUCUCAAGUUGCACCAUGUUGCCUUGGACUCGCACUGGCCUGUAGAAGUCCACCAGAUUUCUAGAUUCCUCUCAAAGUCGGUGCCUCGUUUUGAGUUUUCCAGAAUAUACCCUCGAAUGACAUCCUUGUUCCCUGACCUUUUCAACCAACUGGGAAGCGCUACACUGACAGACCUUUCAGCCGUGGAACCAGAGUCGCAGCCACUUCUGGGCUUUUUGGAUAUCAUCCUAGAAACAGUGUCAUCGCUUCGACGAAUGCAACAGGACCCUCACCCAUUCACCAUGCCUAUUUGGUCCACCCUAGUCCGAGCAUUGUGCUAUACAUGCUUUAAUGACGCCGAGAUAUAUUACGACACGCCUUUUAUUCUUCCUAGAAACUUUGUGGAAUCUGUUUGUGAUGGACACGCUCUGAUGCUUGUUUCUUUUCUCUAUGAGAAUACGCUACUAUCUACAUCGCACUCAGACGCGGCUCCAGGGGAAAGCUUAUCUCACCAAAGCAAUGAUCCUAAAGAGGAUCCUUUAGAACCAGGCGUAGUUCUCGCAGACGAAGAAGGCUCAGAUCGUGUCAGUGACAGUGAUGCCUCUGAGGUUGAACCUGAUACACGGACUUUUUCACCCGAAUCGGACCAUGCAUUUGGGGGAAACAUAUUCGAUGAGCCAGGCAGCGCUCCGUUUGGUGAUCUCUCAGAGUCGGAAGAGUGGCCAUGUCGCAACCUUUCGCCGUCUUCCAGUACUAGGUCCCUUGAUAUGUCGUUUCAGGCACACGUUCUUCCAGGUAAAGGACGUCGUACGGAUGCGGUUCUUCCUGUUAUCUGUAUUGCAGAUAGGGGGAACAUUGUGGCUCUCGUUGCUAGUGUGGCCUACCAACGACGUGUUUGGGGGAUUGAAGAACCUGUCGUGGGUGUAAUUCUCACCCAGGAUGGAUUUUCGGCCCAGGUCAUUCUGGGGUGGACAAAUCCACCUGAUGUGGAUGGUGAUUCAGAGUCUCCAGACGAUGACAUGUCUGAUGACUUGCCAAUGGUACAUAUUGCCUACUCUGAUGUGCCUUGUGUGGCCAGUGGUGUCUUCAAUCUGACCGAUCCUAUUUCUGCCCUUGCAUUUGCGCAAUUUAUCAUUGAGCUUCAUGAUCAUUAUGAUAAGAUUGUACUGGAAUGUCGCAAACCCUGCAUGCCUGCCAAUACUCCGAUUUCCUGGAGAUCUGAUCUUAUUGAUCCUUCACAUCUUUCUGAUUGGGAGAAAAGAGGAGAAGAAGUUGUUGCCACCUGGAUUCGGAGUUUGAGAACAAGCAGUGUUGAUACUGACGACGACCCAUCACCAUAUCCUGUUACACCCCCUCCGACACAGCAAUUCCAUCAUGUACCAAUGUUAGAUCCAAAUGAGUCCAGGAAGAAGCCUGUUCAUGGGAGGCAGCUACAUAGUAUUCCUACUGAAGCCAUGAUUCCGACUCAGAGCAAAAAUGAUAAGCAUGGUUCCAGGAAAGGUUCAAUGACCACAUCUACAUCUAAGCUUUCUGGAUUGAAUGCCCCGUCGUUUCAUCACUUCAAUUCCCUUUUGAUCUCUGACUUUAUUUGCACUAGAUUCGCUGGCAAAGUUGGAAAUGGAAUUGGGCUGACGAUGCCACUCUCCAUUACGACUUAUAACUACGACAGAUAUAUCUUCUCCGUGAGAGCCGCGAUAAUACCGGACAUUGACAAAUUCAAGAACCAACAACACGUUAAUGAGUAUACGAAACUAUACGAAUCUCUGACUUGUUUUGUGGACCCGGAAUGGCAAAGUAUCGAUCAGUUACCGGUAGUCGAAGGAUCAUAUCUUGAGGCCGUCAAUGAUUGCUUCUGGGAGCAACUCAUGACUGUCCGACAGAGAUUGCCGGAGAGCAACGUCCAAAAAAUAAACCCUUCGCAUCAGACAGCCGUGUCUGAACGUCUAUCACUAUUCUUCUGGGUGACCCUUGGAGCGUUUUCACGUGGGCAGCGCAAGUCUGUCAACGAAGCAGAAUCUCGUCUACAAUGGGAUACACUGCUGUUCCAUGUUUUGAACAGCAUCGAUUCCGACGCUAUUCACGUGAGACCACUAUUUGAGCGAACUAUUUUGCUUUCUCGCAAUCGCCUUGUCGAUGAACUUCAUUCCAAAAGCAUCGAGGACAUCCGAGCUAGUGCGAUCGAUCGAGCGAAGGACUAUUAUAAUCUCUGUAAAGCUUCUCUUAUCGCCAGUACCUUUUCAGGCAAUCACACGGAUCCGGACGUUAUCGAUAUUCAAGAACACGCAGCUCUAAAUGUCGCCCUCUAUUUCUUACAGCAAACACCUCAUCUUUUCCCAGAAACUGCGCGGGGACCCGAAGCCAUUGUUCAUCGCGCCAGCAGCGAACCACACACAGGAAUAUGUGAUGCAGUCGUGGUUCUUACCGCUGAUGAGCUCUCGUUGCCUAGUACGGACUGCAAGAUACCUGAAUUCAUCACCGUACUGAAAGAUGAUGGUCCGGGUCUGUUUCCCAAGUCUCAGGAAGAGGAGGAACGUGAUGGCCAGAUUUUGCUACUUCCUUCCUCUCAGCGAGCGGCCAUUCCGCCGCCCCGCUCAGACGAGGAGCAGCCUGUAUCUUCCGAAGGAUCUACAGAUGAACCUGUCACCCUCAAUACUUUCAAGGUCGAAAGGAAAUCCUCUAACAAUUCAUUCUUAACUGCGUUCUCCGAGACUGGCUGCAUGGUGGGAAGUGAUGGGAAGAGAAGUACCGACAUUCAGCAGCUGUACGAAAAGAUCGAAAAGAUCGGCAAGGCUGUUCCUGCAGAAAUUUUUGGUAAAAUUCUCUUUGCCAUCCUUGUGGUUGAACAUAAGAGGCCCCUUGACGAUGCAGCGAAGCCGUUGAAUCAGGCCAGGGCUUAUGUAGACGCUGCCGUCAGGUUGCUUCAAGCUCAUGGUAUAACCGGACUGCCCGUGUUUGCACUCGCCACAAACGGCAAUGACGGUGUGGUGUUAAUGGCGUGGCACAGCGAAACCGCUGAGAAAGUCUACCUUGUUGACCGAUCAGUACAGCGAUUUGAUAUAUCGUCGCCCAUAGAAGUGUUCCACUUCGCAACAUUCCUCCUUCGCCUCAGAGAUUAUUAUGUUGAUCACUUUAAGGAAAACCCAGCCCAAAUCAAAGCAGCAAACAAGGCAGCACAAGAGAUGGCAACGAUGGCGGAGGAGAAGCUGCGAGCGGCUAAGGCACAGGCAAAGGAGGAUGGCCUGGACCCAGAUAAAGUUGAAGUUCACAUAGAUUGGGGAUGGUGGAAGUCUGCUCAGACGCCGCGACCUCCACCUCCCAAAGCGACAGAAAAUGCAGGGUCGAAAUCGAAGUUGGAGAAAGUGGCAGAGGGGCUAGAAAAUUUACAUUUGUCAUCUUAG